AAGAGAAACCACCGCAGUAUGCCCCCCCAAAGCGCGACCCCGAGUACGAGCGUAAAGUCGAAUAAUGGAAACACAAAAUCCAAUACUCUUAUUACUGCCGGGAACUCUUAGAAGUUCUCCGCUCCGACCUGGAGUUCGAGGACAAAGUCCAAAUUCAGUUACGGAUGGAUCCCAGCUCGAGAACCCAGGAUAUCAGGGAGUGGCUCGAAGAUCGGCUGGAACAAAACGGCCACUUUCUAUUCGUCCAGUUGAUGCGUUAUCAGCUACUUCAGGGAAAUCAUCCCAACAAACUAGAGAAGUUAAAAUGGUGUCAGGGGGUGGUCGAGGCCGAUAUCGAGGGUCGUUGGAUUGUUCAGAGGGAUGUCUACGUACAGGAGGAGAUGAAGGCUUUGAAAGCCUCGUUGGAGCAAUCUGAACAUGAUUUCAAACAGGAGAGGAAGAAGGCAUCGCAACUGAGCACUUAUGAGACUGAGCUCAAGAAACUGCAUGACCGAUAUUGGUUUCAUGAUCGGAGAAUAUGGAAGCUGGAGGCAGGUAUUCCAAUGGGAUCUCUAGGGAGAGCCUUUAGGGCAUGGCGAAAGAACCCCAACUGGUAUCUCACUCCAUGGCUGCGACAGGACUGUGCUGGACGAGGAGGAUGCUGUGGAAGAGACUGUGGAUGCUGCGAAAAGCCUCGAGGGACAUCUCAUCGCAGCACGGAUCACCGGGGGCAUUGCACGUCUCCGCUUGUGGCUGUUGUGUCCGAAGCCGUGGGCUCAGUGAUGAUGCCAAAUUAGAUGAUGUCAAGGAUUUCCCGAUUGAUUUGGCCAAUUCAAGUGGAAUGUACAGCGUGCGUAUAUUGCGGGCUUAUAUCUUUGGGAUAGAUUUCCUGAAUGAUCUGGAUUGACCGACUUGUUUGUUUGAGUAUUUUAUUGUUCGAUCGCUUGAUGUCUAUUGCUAAUUGUACGUUUUAUCAAUUGUGUAGGAACAACGCAGUGGCUUUAUUUCCUUUCAUAUCAUGCAGAAAUAGAAAAGUAGGUCUUCGCAGUAUAAUCAAGAGGAGAGAGGGAGGGAAGGACUUUCAUAGACGGUGGGAAGGUCACUUUAGGAAGGAAUGGUCUAUGGUGAAUGCCGUACAAUCAAUAACUAAGAGUGUAAUACAUCAUUGGCUCAUACAAUGAUCAGGCUAUCAGGCUACUAAAGGUAGA